AUGGCGCUCGCCGAUCCUACUGCUUCCUCAAAUGCCACGCCUGCUGUUAUGCCUGUUUCGUUCAGUUUCGAGCCUUUCAACGCAGCAACUGCUAAAUUUGACCGCUGGUUGGAGCGCUUAGAAAUUUCGUUCCGGAUCUACAAGGUUGCUCAGGCUGACAGGCGAGAUUACUUGCUGCACUUCAUGGGUGGUCCAACUCCGGCGCCACUGGAGAUCUUGGAAAACUACAAAUUCAUCUGUAGGAAGCAGUUGGACCAUGAAGCCCUGUGCGACUACAUAACGGACCUCGAAAAACUGGCACAGACAUGCAACUUUGGUGCCCAUUUGGAAACUGCCAUCCGGAAUCAGUUUGUUUUCGGAUUACGGAAUCGUACCAUUCAAUCCCGUUUACUGGAGGUACGUGCGUUGACUCUAGAGAAAGCAAAGGAAAUCGCUUUCAGCAUGGAAAUGUCACAUAGAGGUACUGACGAAAUGCAUGGAACGGUUUCUAAAUCGGAGGUUCAAUUUCUGGAACAAGGACGUCAGAAGAAGAAGAAGAUGAGUACGAAAAUGUCGGCGCCGAAAACAAAGUCUAAAUACUCGUCUCAGGAGAAAGCUUGCUACCGAUGCGGAGAUCCAGAUCACUUUGCCAACAAGUGCAGACAUCAGUCAACCGUAUGUAAUUACUGCAAACGCAAAGGACACUUGGAGAAAGUUUGCCAAACGAAAUUACGUGGAAACCCGAAGGAGAAGGCUGUUACACACCACAUCGAAGACUCACCUGUAAUCAAAGAUGUCUUUCACCUGCGAAGCAUGCCGGGGUUUGCCGACAAAUUCAUGCUGGAUCUAACGAUUGAUGGAAGGACGCUGACUUUCGAGGUAGAUACUGGAUCACCGGUUUCCCUAAUCAGUUCCCACGACCAAAUACGGUACUUCAAGGACUUCCCUAUCCACCCGACUGUUACAAAACUGGUAAGUUAUUGCGACACCGAUAUUAAUGUUCUCGGGAAAAUUAUGGUUAAUACCCAUUCGAACGGUGAUGCGCUCACACUACCUUUACAUGUGGCGGAGUCUAACAGACAUCCAAUUUUGGGUCGUGACUGGUUGCUGUGA